AUGCCCAAGCCCGACCCUAUCAGGUUUGUCGCCGACAACACCCCUCGUUGUCCUUCAACAGCCUACGUGUGCAACAGAUGCUGGGAAUCUCUCUUCAACACUGAGGCUUUUGAACGGUGCUGUACUUGGCAUCCAAAUAAUGCGAAAUACGAGCAAACAGGGACUGAAACUACCGCCACUGUCCGUGAAAUCAAAAAUGCAGUCUGCAACUGGUGUGCUUAUAUCAAAAAUUUUAUUUCCAACAGUUGGGCGCCAGAAGAUAAGAUAACCACAUAUCUUGGACCAAGCACAAUCCCUUCGUGCACACCGCCCGGCAACAAUACUUUCUAUCUGAGCAUUUCAUGCCAUUCUGGAAUGGGAAAAUGGAGAGGAGGCGCCGCCCUUUUUCUUCACGCCCUUACCACAGCAGAGGAUCCUGCUUCAGACUAUGUGACUGCGAGACCGUUGAGGACAGACACUAAUAGUGAGGCGGCAAGAUUGCAAAUCGGAGCAUGGCUGAGAGAGUGCAAGGAGCAUAAAUGCUGCAGCGCUUUACAUGAGGACAGUAUCCUUCCCACAAGAGUUAUUGAAGUUAGUCCUCUAGGAAGAAGAUAUGCGCGAGUCGUGGAGUCUAAAAAUCUGCGUGGUCUCUAUGCUACACUUUCCUACUGUUGGGGGCAAGACGAUUUUCCAACUCUCACUAAUUCCAAUUAUGCACAACUCACCGAAGGCUUGGAUGAAGAGACUUUACCUCCCACCAUCCGUGAUGCUCUUGCAACUACUCGCACCUCGUCCAUCCCGUACUUGUGGAUUGACGCUCUCUGCAUAAUCCAGGAUUCUGAAAUGGACAAGGCGAAAGAAAUGGCACGAAUGAAAGAAAUAUAUGCCUCCUCAACUUUGACGAUAGUCGCUGCUGCGGCAGAAAGUGUCUAUAAAGGAUUUCUCUAUCCUCGUGUGCACCAGGAAAUUCUUCACACUAUCCCUGUCCGGCUUCAACAUGACGUCUUUGGCACUAUGUCUAUCAAUGAAUUAGACGCCGUAUGUUAUGACGAGCGUUGUGAGCCCAUUUCGAAAAGAGCCUGGACUAUGCAAGAACAACUUCUGAGCAAUCGUGUGCUCACUUUUACAACACGCACUAUGAUGUGGAGAUGUUGGGAAGGAAUAAAAAAUUUUGGCAACUCUUUAUAUUUUCCGCAUGACCUUGACACAGGAUAUAAUGCCCACGAUGAAAAGUACAGCCUUAAUCUUCACUCUUUGCUUCUUAGCCAAGAAGAGGCUUGUACUCAUAAAGACAAGGCUUUGAGUUGCUGGCUGCGCCUCGUUACAGCGUAUUCAAUCAGAGUUACAAGCCUUGAGCGUGAUAAAUUAAAUGCUCUGGCAGGUAUCGCCUCUCAUCCUUCGUUUUCCGACGCGCUUGGGCCUGGCUACUUUGCUGGAUUGUGGCAAUACAAUCUUGCGAGGCAACUCACAUGGCGAACAUCAACCUGGCACAGAUCACUAGCUGAUGAUCAAACCUUCACAUUUGAAAGGCCAGGGAUGUGUCAGGCUCCUUCUUGGUCAUGGGCAAGUCUGAACGGGGGUAUCAUACAUUUUGAUUUUUCGUAUGAUGAAGAUGAGACCAUCCCUGAAGUUAUAUGUGAUAUCCUGGAUUGUUCAACGACGCCAGCGUUUCCAGGACUGAAUCCAUUUGGGGAAAUACUGUCGGGACAGCUGAGGCUGAGAGCCCCUACCCGAAAGGCCUGGUUCAAACCUUCCACGUCCAAUGUUUUCGUGCUCUCUGAAGUCAUCUGCGGAACCGAGGUUGUGGACCUCAAAAAUGGAACAAUAACUCUCGAGGAAGCUUUUCAAAUACAUGCGGAUGACUUCGGACUGAGACACCCAGAUGUGAAUUUGACUGAGGAGCCAGAGGCUAUGCACGGCACGAAUUACCGCAAUACGUGCGGUACAUGUGACGAGACAGGAUACCGCGAUUGUUGCUUAGUCUUAUGUGUGGCCAUUACUUUGGAAGAUGAAAAGAACGAUGGAGUGAAAGGUCUGCUCCUCAUCAAGGAAGAAGGCGAGAGAAGGAAUAGUCCCGUGUUCAAGAGAAUUGGGUUUUUCGAACGGGGGAAAAACCUUGAUUUCAAGAGUGACAAAACUUUAGAGGUUUCCAUCAUAUAA